AUGUAUGAAUCCACAAUUUCACAUCAUCGAAUGACGCAAUCGAUUAGAAAAUUCGAAGAAAAAUACACUGAGAAAGAUGUGAUUACCAUUAGUCGUGCGAAAAAAUAUCAAACAAUAAUGGGAUUUGGUGGGGCAAUGACAGAUGCAACGGGGAUAAAUAUUGUAUCACUUCCAAAAGAAGCCCAGGAUUUGUUGAUGCAACAAUAUUUUGGUGAUAAUGGAAUACAAUAUACGAUUAUACGGGUUCCAGUUGGUGGGUCUGAUUUUUCAACUCAUCCUUAUACUUUGGAUGACACUCCAAACGAUAGUUCUUUCACAAAUUUUAAAUUAGCCGAAGAAGAUUAUAAAUAUAAAAUACCAUUGUUAAAGCAAGCAAUGAAUUUAUCAAAAACGUAUCCAAUCAAAUUGAUGGGUGCACCUUGGACCGCACCUCCAUACAUGAAAGAUAGUAAAGAUUACAUAGGAGGGGGUAGAUUAUUGGAUCAAUACUAUCCCGGGUAUGCCGAAUAUCUCAUAAAAUUUCUGCAAGCUUAUAAAGAGGAAGGUUUGAAUUUUUAUAUAAUGUCCUCACAAAAUGAACCUGUUUUUGGAUCAGCACCGGGAUAUGAUUUUAAUGGAAUGGGUUUCGAGCCAAGUAGUCAAGCAGCUUUUGUUGGAAAUCAUUUAGGUCCUUCCAUGGAACAAAAUGGUUUAGGUAAUGUGAAAAUUCUAAUUGGUGAUGAUCAAAGACCCUUCAUGUAUCGAUGGGUUCAAAUUUAUCUUCAAAAUGAGAAUGCCUCAAAGUAUGCCUCUGGAGUUGGUAUUCAUUUUUAUUUGGAUGAAGAAGCACCUCCAGAAAUAUUAACCCGUAUUCAUGAGCUACCAGGAUUUGAAAAUAAAUUUAUCUUAUAUACAGAAGCAUGCCAAGGUUCGGCGGGAAAAUUUCGUGGUGUACGGCUAGGUUCAUGGAAGUUUGGUACUGGUUACUUAUCGAAUAUUAUUGACGAUUUAAAUAAUUGGUCUGUAGGUUGGGUGGAUUGGAAUAUGGCAUUAGAUUUAGAAGGUGGUCCAAAUUGGGCGAAAAAUUUUGUUGAUUCGCCAAUCAUUGUGAAUGCAAGUGCUAAAGAAUUUUAUAAGAAUCCAAUGUAUUAUGCUUUGGCACAUGUUUCGAAAUUUAUUGUGCCUGGAUCUGUGCGUAUUGAUAUGACCAAUGAUAGUGAUUUUGUAAAGGCUACAGCUUUUGAAACACCGAAUAAUCAAACUGUUGUGGUUUUACUAAAUACCCGUGAUCGUGAAACGAGUAUAUCGAUAAAAGACGAAGAAAAAGGUUAUAUUGCUAAUUUAAAAAUGGAACCUGAAUCAAUGAUAACACUUGUAAAAUAA